AUGCAUCUAACUUUAGAAACAGAAUUAGGAGUUAAUAACUUCAUCAUAAAUGAUUUUCCAAAAGAUGAAUAUGUCGAUUUCCUGAGUCAAAAGUCUUUAUCAGAGCACGGCUUUCCAGUGCCCGAAUUAAAAAGACAAUAUGAGGAUGCAAUGCCUCCACCUAAUUCUAAAGAUAAACAAAUUAGUUUUAAUAUGAGUCCAAUAAUGUCACCAAGUUUUGAAGGUUGCAACACCAAUGAAAUAUUGAUUGCUAAGGCUAAUCCAAGCGGUGGUACUCAAACCUCGUUUUAAACUAAUUUUUCAAAAUUGAGAAAUUCAUAAUCAACGGUGGGGGAAGACAUGAUGAGAUAUCUAUAGAUAAGAAGAUUCUUUAAUAGGUUUAUGCGUUCCAUGCAUCUUUUUAGUAGAUUACAGAAACAUCAUUUAGAUAUUCUAAAUGACUCUGCUUCUAAUUAUGAUCCAAAAAUAUUUGGUCAGAGAUAAUUUAAUUUCAGGCCUUUGGGAAUGAUUAAAAAUAUGAAUCUACCAAAGGUGCCCUCAAUUAGUUAGAAUGUUGAAAAAGUGAUAAAUAGAAUAGGUUAAACAAUUAAAUAAAAAGUUGAAUAUUGGGAUUAAAAUAUCAGAAUAUUUUAGCCUGAAGAGAGAAAAAAGAUUUUAUGGGACAGUUGUUUAUCAUUCUCUCGUAUAUAUUUCAUCAUUUUGAUUCCUAUGGAUAUAUCUUUUGAGCAAGAAUUUUUAUACUCAAAUGAAUUGUUCAUCCUAACAGUCAUCAUGACAAUACUGUUGAUGCUGGAUAUUCUACUCAAUUUGAACACUGCCUAUUACUAAUUUGGACUUAUUGUAAAUGAAAGAUCUAAGAUCUUUAAUCACGUCAUAAGUAAAGCAUAUGGUUGUGAUGCCAUAUCAGUCAUAUACUUAUUUGUGUUAAUGUUUUUAGAUUGGGAUGAAUAUAGAAAUGAAAAGCAAUAUAUUUUGGUUGGUUUAUUAACAUUUGUUGGUUAGUACCAAAACAUUACUAAAUUAAUUAGAUUGAGUGAGGAAGUAUUAAAUUUGACAAAGGUUACUGCCUCAAUUUUAGAGUUAGUAAAAUUGAUAAUAUUUUUAAUCUUUAUUUUACAUGUUGCAACUUGCAUUUGGUAUGGAGUAGGCAAUUACGGUCUAUAAUAUCUAGGAUCAAGUUGGAUAGACAAAUAUCACUUAGAAGAUAAUAAUUGGGCUGAAAGAUAUUUAAGAUCCUUCUACUUUUGUACUGUUACCAUGUUUACUGUUGGAUAUGGCGAUUUAACCCCUUAAUCCAACCUAGAAUAUACUAUUUGCAUUAUCUUUAUAAUGAUAUUUAGUAUUCAGUUGCCUUAUAGUGUUAAUACUGUGGGAGCCAUUAUUGAUGAGAUUUCCAAAUAUAGCGAAUAGAAGCUCUAGAAAUUAAGAAUUAUUAACACUUAUAUGACUAAAAAGAAAAUCAGUUUCUAAUUACAAUCUUAAAUUAGAGAAUACUUAAAUUAUUACUGGGAAAUGGAAAAUACUCAAUAAUCCAAUGAAGAAUAAGCGAUUAUUGACUAAUUGUCAGAAUAAUUAAGAGAAGAAUUAAUGGUUGAAGCCAAUUCUGUUGUUCUCAAUAACUGCUCUCUCUUUAAGAAAAACUUUUCUCAUGAAUUCAAAAAGGCUCUAGUUAAGAAGAUCAGAACUAAAACAUAAUUGAUUACUCCUUAGAACCUGACUCCUAUUAGAAUAAUUAUGCCUACAUUUAUUGAAUCAGGUGAAGUUGAAGUUCAGUUAUCUGAUCAGAUAUUUUCUCCUGGCACAACAUUCCACAAACUGACUCCUGGAUGUAUCUUUGGAUUAUAUGAAUUUAUUACUGGUUAAGAGUAAAAAGAAGUGUAUAAGAGUGUUGGCUUCACUAAAUUACUCAUUUUACCCAGAUUAGCGUUCUUAAAGAUCCUAAAAGAGUUCCAAGAAGACAGGGAAAAGUUUUGUUAGAUUAGAGAUAAUCUAUUAUACAAUUUCUCCAAGCUAUCCCUAAAAAGUUUAGAUAUUUCAUGUUAUGUUUGCUAGUCGAGAGAGCAUCGUUCGAAAGAUUGCCCCUUACUUCACUUUUGUCCAGAUAAAGAGAGAAUUAUUAAAUCUUAUAACUUUGUUAAAGAAUAAGUUCGAGAAUGGACUGUUCGAAAACAUGCAAACAAAAAUGAAAAUCGUUACAUAUAUAAUAAUGCUUUAUUGGAUUACAAAUUGCUCAAAGAAACAGCUGAAUACAUCUAGGAUGAUUUUUGGCAAGAAACUUAGCUAUAUGAUUUAGAUAUCGAAAAUAAUGCAACUAGUCCAAAUUUCAAUAGUGGUGCUUAAGGAUCUCCUUAACAUUCAUCUAGUUCUGAUGACGAAAAGGAUGAGAUUGUUUAGGAAUUAUAGAGACCAUCACUGAUAUCCUCAUCAAAGGGUCCUAGAUAAACAAGAACUACCAGACUAUUAGAAAUGAAUCAAAUGAAAAAACUGUCAGCAAGAAAAUCCAGUAUUUCUCCUAUGAUUCCCAGAAAAUCUUCUUCUUCGUAUUUAAUCGAACACUAAUAAUAACCUAAAUUAUCAAUUACUAGUUUGUCUAAUUCACCUAAAACAAAUGCAUAAAAUUCUAACGAAAAGGCAUAAUCUUAAGAUUCAGAAAUUAUUAAGGAAACUGCACUUUAAGUAACAAAUUAAUAAUCUGAUCCUUUAAAAUCAGCGAUUAGUCCUAUGAAAUAGAACUUUAUGAAAUCAGCAUUAAAAAAAUUAAAUGAUAAUAACAAUAAUGAUAGCAAUAACAAUAACAAUAACAAUAAUACUAUUGAUAAUCAUGAAUAAGAGGAUAAGGCUAAAAAGGUAAAAGUGAAAUUUUAACAAGCUUUUUCUUUUAUAAAAAGAUUAAAACAACUGAAGUUUUCCAAAGAAGUUGAAAAACCACGAAUUCAACCGAAGUUUCAGACCAUGGUAGUUCAAAAAUAAAAUCUUAAUUUAAUUUAAUAAAGAAUACAAAGAAAAAGUAAUGUCUUAACUUUUUAGGAUUAAACUAAAUUAGAUUUAUUAGUUUUAGAACUUAAUAAUUAAUUAAACAACAAUUUUUAAGAAGUAGAAAAUUUCGAAAACAAGAAAAAUUUUAAAUUCUAUUAACCUCAUAACAAUUUAGCCAAUUUAUAAAUAUCAACUAAGUACCAUCCUAAAUUUUUAAGCAAUAUGACUCUUUACAUUAAAUAUUUUCUCUAUCCUGCAGAAUUUAUCAAGAAAUAUAAGAAUAAAGAUCCAACAAUAUUGGAAGUUAAACCUGUGUCUUUUGCUACUUAAAUGAAUGCAUAUAAAGAUAUAUUGAAAUUUAGGAAGUAAGCCAGGAAAAAAAUAAACAAAAAAUAGAUAGCCCCAGAAUGA